AUGCCAGCAAUCCCGGCAAAUGUGGCAGAGCUGCCCCUUCGCCUACGAAAUUUCUUCGCUCGCUAUCCUCCUCAGAUCUACUCUUCACUCGCAGCGCCCCGUUCAGCUCCGCCAGCAGGUCAAGCUUCUACUGAGCAACCUCUUCCAUCACCUUACACCCCCGAUCGCGAUGCCAAGGGUGCUCAAAAACAAGAUCGUGAGGCCUACUCUGCUGCUCGCUCUCUCCUCUGGGACUCUCCCAAGGCUCCGAACCCAUUCCUGCCCAAAAAGAUUUACAGCACCGGUAAAUGGAUGGGACCCCGAUAUGGACUACGACAGCAGGCCGACCUUGUGAAGUUGGCUGCCAAAUACAAUGUUGAGACGCUCUUGCCACCUGGUCCUAAGUCUACAGAAUACAAGGCUGUUAAGCUGGCUGAGCGGGGUUUGCGUAUUAAGGGUACUGGUAUUGGCCAGAAGGUCAAGGGUCACAAGUGGGAGCGUACUAUGGAGGCACGUCUGGAGGAUCGUCGCAAGGCUAUGAUCGAGAUGCCGGAGAUGAUUCGUUUGUGGAAGCAGAGAGGUCAUGGUCGUGGCUGGCGCCAGUGGCCCAAGCGGUAA